AGUGAUUUUUAGGCCAGAGUUCCCGAGUUGGUAUGCCGAGUUGGAUGACCGUUCAAAUCGAUUUUUCCCAGUCCGAAAGUUUAUAUUUAUUUUCCGAGUUCCCAGUUGUUUUGAAGGCGGCAUAUCGCCCACGAAGCUCCGAUUUCAAACUCACAUUAGACAGCUCAGCAAGCGUUUUGUCAGAAUCGGUUUGUGACUCACACAUAAUGGAGGUUCCCAGAGCAACUAUCGCAAUUUACGGCCUAUAGCGAUGGAGUUUAGGAUGAAGUGUUUUCAAGCGGCAUCUUUCCUAAAACACCAGGCAGAGAGGAGGUGGAUAAAAGGCUCUGCAUGGUCAAUCCGACGUCUGCAGUGGCCAUACAACAUUUACUGUUAUGCGGCCUCUACAGAAGUCAAAGCAAACAUACAUUUUGCGCUUUGCGGAGCUGUUGUCAAGAGAAGACUGACGUGGAGGGGACCCUGUUUGUCUACACAAGGCUAGCAUCUCCCAGACAUGGCUUCACCAUAAUGAACAGGCUGAGUAUGGAGAACCUGACUGAACCCAUCACUAAAGACCUGGACUUCCAGCUGCAGGAUCCGUUCCUACUCUACAGGAAUGCUCGCUUAGCUAUCUAUGGCAUCUGGUUCUAUGAUAAGGCGGACUGCCAGCGCAUCGCAGAGCUUAUGAAGUAUCUAACGAAACAGGAACAGGUCCUAGCCCAGCGGGGUCAGCAGGGUCAGGGGGGCGUGGUGUCUCCUCGAGCCCUGGAGGCAGCAGGGAACCCUGGGAAGGGACAAGGAGUGGACAUCCUGCAGAUGCUGACCAAAGCUCGCAAUGACUAUGACAAGGGUGGUCAGCCAGAGCCUAAAGAGAUAGGAGGGUGUCGUGUCCUUACUGCCAACCCCAGCCUGAUCAAACCUAUCCCUGUCAAACCUAUGGAGAGAUAUCCCCAUCCUGGGUUACAGGAGAGGCCUGUUCAGGAUAGUCAAGGAGAGCCCAGGCCUCUCUCUCUGGCAACUCUGUUCGGUGUCCAGCAGCCCAGAGCCGAGCUGGUCUCUCCCAUGGCUGGGUCAGGGUCAAGAGGUCCAGGGUCCCAGCCCCAGGGAAAGCUUGGAGGUGUCCGCCCGGCGGUGGCCCGCUCCUUGUCCUACGACGACCCAGGCCAGGCCCAGCUCCAUCUCCAGGCCCAGGAAGGGGGUCUGAUCUCAGGUAGCAGCCCCCCGCAGCACUGCCCUGCCUUCCAGAAGCUCAUGAAGGAUGCCGCCUCUUCCUCCCAGCCUCGGAACCAGCUCCAGCGAGGGGGUCCUAUGGAGCAGCUCCAGCGAGGGGGUCCUAUGGAGCAGCUCCAGCGAGGGGGUCCUAUGGAGCAGCUCCAGCGAGGGGGUCCUAUGGAGCAGCUCCAGCGAGGGGGUCCUAUGGAGCAGCUCCAGCGAGGGGGUCCUAUGGAGCAGCUCCAGCGAGGGGGUCCUAUGGAGCAGCUCCAGCGAGGGGGUCCUAUGGAGCAGCUCCAGCGAGGGGGUCCUAUGGAGCAGCUCCAGCGAGGGGGUCCUAUGGAGCAGCUCCAGCGAGGGGGUCCUAUGGAGCAGCUCCAGCCCGUCUCCGAGUCAUCCGAGAAAAGACUGCAUGAGAACGGAGCCCCCUCUGUCCUCCACCAUCGGACCCAGGCCAGACAAGACCCCAUCCAGAGACUGUUCCAGAACCAGCCCACUUCCACCACCCCUUCAAUGACGACCUGUUGUGAUCGUCCUCCUCCUCUCCAGCAGCCUCCUCCUCUCCAGCAGCCUCCUCCUCUCCAGCAGCCUCCUCCUCUCAUCCCUGGUCUCCAGUCUGCCCAUCCUCAGCCUCUCCUGGUGGAUGUGUUGGGCUUCCCUGGUUCUCAACACGUCCACCUCCCCCCUCACCAGGCCCAGCCGUUGUACUUCAGCCCCACCAAGCCCCCCCAGAUGCUGGUCCCCGUGUUUCCCUCACACCCCUCCCAGUCUCAACCUCCCCACCAACCCCAGCCUGUUCAUCCUCAACCUCAGUCACAGUCCUGUCACCCUUUCCACCCCUUCCAGCAGCCCCAGCCCUUAUACCUCCAACCCCUGCCAGGUCACCUCCAGCCGGGGCAGCUAACUGGUGUCGUCUCCCCUCAUGAGCUGCUCCAGAGGCUGCAGCUGGUUCAACAGGAGCAGAGUCUGGUCCCAGAGCCCACUAGGCCUUCCUCUAACCUGGCUCCCCGCUUCCACGAGCCUGCCCCUCUAGCCCCCUCAGCCCCCCCAGCCAUGGGGCAGCACGGUCAGCAGGCGGCUCAUUCUACAGCCAGGUCUCUGGACAGUUUGGCUGACAAGACCUCUGCAGGCACCGCUGCUCAGAAGUUCCAGGUGAUCUCCCCCCAGCGUAUCCCAGCCACGGUGGCACCUACCCUGCUACUGUCCCCCAGUGUCUUCUCCCAGGCCAAGCGCCCCCAGGCCAAUGCCUCUGGGGUCACCCCUUGCCCCCCUGGCCCUCAUCCUCCCUCAGCCCUCCUGGCCCCACAGUCCCCUGACGACCCCCAACCCAGGGGCCUCUCUAAGAGCCAGCUCCAGGCCACCCUGCUGCACCUCAUACAGAACGACACUUCCUUCAUGGAUACCAUCUAUGAGUCCUACGCCCACCGCUUCUCCACGGAAGCCACCGCAAACCAGUUCUGAGGCCAGGGCCCUGUUUAAUGAGGCCAGGGCCCUGUUUAAUGAGGCCAGGGCCCUGUUUAAUGAGGCCAGGGCCCUGUUUAAUGAGGCCAGGGCCCUGUUUAAUGAGGCCAGGGCCCUGUUUAAUGAGGCCAGGGCCCUGUUUAAUGAGGCCAGGGCCCUGUUUAAUGAGGCCAGGGCCCUGUUUAAUGAGGCACCCAAUAGAAAAAUGUUUCAAAACACUUUGCAACGAGAAGUGGAAAUAAGCAUUUCUUCUGGGACAAGUCCAGGGAGCCCCUCUCCCUGUCUGUCUGUUUUCUUCCAUUAGGUGCCUAAUGAGUAAGUCCCUGGGGUCAUGCCCAAACCGGCACAAUCAUUUUAUAAUCUAAACCAUUUGCUGAUCUAGCUAAAUUAGUCUUCCUAAUGUGGGCACUGUGGAUGUCACCUGUGGAUUCAGAUUACAAGGACAUUAGAUUUGUGCCAUUUUUAAGAUGUUUUUAUCAUAAGAAUAAUGUAGUAAGAGCAAUCAAACAAUUGUAUAUGUUUUGGAAUGACUGUACUUGUUUUUAAAAGGUUCCUCUCUUAAACCAUUUUAGUUUCCAGGCAUUUGACAAUGUUUAAUUCACUUGAAGUUGGAUGAGUUUAUUUUGAACACUUUAUUAAGUGGAAAGUCCAGUUUUUUUUUUUUAAUAGACUAUUUCCAGCCUUAAGCUUGUGCUACCUCUCAGAAGUGACCCUCUGUUGAGGUAGAAGUUUCCCAAAGGAGGAAUUACACCGUACUGUAGAACCUGCCAUUUAUUUUCAUAAUGCGACUGGCUUUAUUUCCAGAUGUCUGAAACUCGAUGUACAUCGACACGGUUCAGAGUCUUCUGUGCUCACACAUGCUAGACUAGUUUGAUGGACGGUUUAUAUGUAUCAAGCAAAGGGUUUAAGAAACUAUUUUAUGUUACGAGAGAGAAAGAUAAUAGAGUAGUUUGUCUAUUUUUCUAUGCCGUUGUCAUACAAGGACAUUUUAAAAACACAAUGUUGCAAUGACCUGUACCACUGAAACAGGAAGUGUUUUAAUUUACACAAUCUGCCGUGUAUCAAGUAUUUUAAAACCUGUGCAAUCUGGAGUCCCAUCAUUUUGUUCUUUUGGUUUUGAAAACCACUUUUUAUUUUAUUUUUAUGAGUCAAACAUUGAGUGACCGCAAAGCCCACUACGUGACUUGUUUCUUGUGUAAUGAUUGAACAGUCUCUGGACCACAACUGAAUUGGAAAUAAAUGAAUGUCUUCUUCAAA